UGACGCCGCUUCCGCCCGGCGCUGCCAUGGCUGCGCCCUUUGUCUGCUCCGUGUCACGGUGAGCGCCGCGGCCGCGAUGGGAGCGCCCCGCGGGGCCCGGCACGGCAGAAUCAGUUCCUGGAAAUGAGGACAGCCUCCUCUUGGCAGAGCCUGAAGGGAUUAGGGCUGCCCUGUUCCCCAAGCAAGAAGGGAGAUGACGGAUGGCUGCAUAGAGACUGAUUUGGGCAGCAGGAAGAGAGAAAGCUCCACAGGAGAGCCGCCACAGUCUUGUCUACAGCUGUGCUCCUCUGGAUAUCUCCGCUCCUCGCACCGCAGGGCCAUGGAUUUCCCCCAGCACAGCAAACAGGUCCUGGAGCAACUGAACCAGCAGCGGCAGCUGGGCUUGCUGUGUGACUGCACCUUCGUGGUGGAUGGCAUCGACUUCAAGGCUCACAAAGCUGUGCUGGCAGCCUGCAGUGAGUACUUCAGGAUGCUCUUUGUUGACCAGAAGGAUGUGGUACACCUGGACAUCAGCAAUGCUGCAGGCCUGCACCAGGUUUUGGAGUUCAUGUACACAGCUAAGCUGAGCCUAAGCCCUGACAACGUGGAGGAUGUGCUGGCUGUGGCAGGCUUCCUGCAGAUGCAGGAGAUCGUCAGCGCCUGCAACGCGCUCAAGUCCCUCGCCGCGCCCGCGGGAAGCCCCUCGGAGAGCCAGCACCCCCCUGCCCACGUGGAGUCCAGCAAGGCCGAGGACAAGCCACCAGAGGCAGAGGCACAGGGUGAUCCUGACAAAGUAAACCCAGUUCUUCCCGACCCCGAGGGGAAGGAAGAGACGUCCACAGCUGCAGCGGCAGCACAGCCUCAGGCGCCAGCGGAGCAGCCGAGCAGCCGAGAAGGGGCAGAUGCUGCCAGCUCUGAGGAUCCCAGUGCUGAAUUUCCCAGCCAGCCAGAGCCAGCCGAGAGCCUGGUGGGCAGCAGCAGCCCCGCGGCGAAGGACAGUGGCACUGCAGGCACUGAGGCAGGAGAGAUGAAGCUGGAAAGAAAGGAGGAAGAGGAGCAGACGGCGGCAGCGGAGGAGGAGGAGGCGAAGGCGGCGGAGGAGGAGCAGGGGCGGCUGCAGAACGGGGGCCGGGCGGAGGAGCUGGAGUCGGGCAGCACGGACUCGGGGCAGGAGGGCGCGGGCGAGCCGCGGCUGCUGCGCUCCGGCUCCUACGGCGACCGGACCGAGUCCAAGGCGUACGGCUCCGUCACGCACAAGUGCGAGGACUGCGGGAAGGAGUUCACCCACACCGGGAACUUCAAGCGGCACAUCCGCAUCCACACCGGGGAGAAGCCUUUCUCCUGCAGGGAGUGCAGCAAAGCCUUCUCCGACCCUGCCGCCUGCAAGGCCCACGAGAAGACACACAGCCCCCUGAAGCCCUACGGCUGCGAGGAGUGCGGCAAGAGCUACCGGCUGAUCAGCCUGCUGAACCUGCACAAGAAGCGGCACACGGGGGAGGCUCGCUACCGCUGCGAGGACUGCGGCAAGCUCUUCACCACCUCGGGCAACCUGAAGCGCCACCAGCUGGUGCACAGCGGCGAGAAGCCCUACCAGUGCGACUACUGCGGCCGCUCCUUCUCCGACCCCACCUCCAAGAUGCGCCACCUGGAGACGCACGACACCGACAAGGAGCACAAAUGUCCCCACUGCGACAAGAAGUUCAACCAGGUGGGGAACCUGAAGGCUCAUCUGAAGAUCCACAUCGCGGACGGCCCCCUGAAGUGCCGGGAGUGUGGCAAACAGUUCACCACGUCAGGGAACCUCAAGAGGCACCUGCGGAUCCACAGUGGGGAGAAGCCUUACGUCUGCGUGCACUGCCAGCGCCAGUUCGCCGACCCCGGCGCGCUGCAGCGCCACGUCCGCAUCCACACCGGAGAGAAGCCCUGCCAGUGCCUGAUCUGCGGGAAGGCCUUCACCCAGGCCAGCUCCCUCAUCGCCCACGUGCGGCAGCACACCGGCGAGAAGCCCUACGUCUGUGAGCGCUGCGGCAAGAGGUUCGUGCAGUCGAGCCAGUUGGCCAACCACAUCCGGCACCACGACAACAUCCGGCCGCACAAGUGCAGCGUCUGCAGCAAGGCCUUCGUCAACGUGGGCGACCUCUCCAAGCACAUCAUCAUCCACACGGGGGAGAAGCCCUUCCUGUGCGACAAGUGCGGGCGAGGCUUCAACCGCGUCGACAACCUGAGGUCCCACGUCAAGACUGUGCACCAGGGCAAGGCUGGCAUCAAGAUCCUGGAGCCGGAGGAAGGGGAUGAGGUCAACAUCGUCACGGUGGCUUCCGACGACAUGGUGACGCUGGCCACCGAGGCGCUGGCGGCCACCGCCGUCACGCAGCUCACCGUGGUGCCGGUGGCAGCCGCAGUCACCGCGGACGAAACCGAAGCGCUUAAAGCCGAGAUCACCAAGGCGGUGAAGCAGGUGCAGGAGGCAGACCCCAACACGCAGAUCCUCUACGCCUGCGACUCCUGCGGGGAGAAGUUCCUGGACGCCAGCAGCCUGGCGCAGCAUGUGCGCAUCCACACGGCGCAGGCGCUCGUCAUGUUCCAGGCCGACUCGGACUUUUACCAGCAGUAUGGUGCCACCGCCUGGCAGCCCGAGCAGGUCCUCCCCGCCGGGGAGCUGCUCUUCCGUGCCCGCGAUGGACCCGCCGAGUCCCCCAGCGCCCCCCUGGCCCCAGCGCCCACCGCCGGGGAGGCUCCCACCCCCCCCGAGUGACUGCCCUCUCUCGCCUGUGUUUAAGAAGAGCUUCUGGGACAGGCUGGGACAGAGCUGGAAGGAGACAGAUGGAAUAAAGUGCAGUAUUUUCUAAGGGUGCUUUUUGGUACCACCUCGGGACCCCCUCCCGGGACAGUUUUGGGGCUCCCCUUGGAGGAUGCUUUGGGUCUGAUUCUGUUGUGGGGACUCCUGGACCCUGGCGCUCCUUGGCUGGACUGGAGGAAGGGGGUAGAGUUGGAAGGGAGCUUGGAGGUCAUCUACUCUGACCCCCUGCUAGAGGGAGGGACACAGCUCGGGCACAGACACCUCCCUCUAGCCCAGCUUGGUCAAGGUCUCAUCCGAGCUGACCUUGAGCACCUCCAGGGAGGAGGCAGCCACAGCCUCUGAAGCAUUCCUUUAGGGAGGACACAAAGAGUUGAAACUGAGGCUGCCUGAGCUGCUGAAAGGUAAAAAAGGUGGCUGGAGAGGGGCCAGGAAGGGUUGGGUUACAGACAGGAGGAGGUGUGGGGGGAGGCAGCACCUGCUCCUGCUCCAUCACCAGCACUGCGGGCAGGAGGUGAAAAGCAGUUCAAGAUCUAGGAUUAAAAGCAGAGGCCUGGAGCCCUGUCAGAG